AUGGCGCUGGGCCCGUGCAUGCAUUGUAAGCUGGCGGGGCCUGCGAGAGAGCGGGGCUCUGGGGAUCCCUUCGGGGGCUGCGGGGAGCGCGGCUGCAGAGAAAAGCCCUUCAGAUGCUUGGAAUGUGGAAAGAGCUUCAGGCAGAGCUGUGACCUCCUCAAGCACCAGCACAUCCACACUGGGGAACGACCCUACUCAUGUGGGGAAUGUGGGAAGAGCUUCAGGGACAGCUCCACCCUCCGCACCCACCAACGCAUCCACACUGGAGAACGGCCCUACAAGUGUGGGGAGUGUGGGAAGAGGUGUCGGACCAGCUCAGAUCUCGUCGUGCACCAGCGGACGCACACGGAUGAGAGGCCCUUCUGCUGCACCGACUGUGGGAAGGGCUUCAAGCAGAACUCCCACCUUGUCACCCAUCGGCGCAUCCACACCGGGGAGAGGCCCUACAAGUGUGGGGAGUGUGGGAAGAGCUUUAGCCACAGCUCCCACCUGAUCCAGCACAAGCACAUCCACACAGGAGAGAAGCCCUUCAGGUGCUUGGAAUGUGGGAAGAGCUUCAGUCAGAGCUCUCACGUGCUCCGACACCAGGACAUGCACACUGGGGCACGUCCCUACACGUGUGGAGAAUGUGGGAAGAGCUUCAGCCAGAACUACCACCUCCGCACCCACCAGCGCAUCCACAGCGGGGAACGGCCCUACAAGUGUGAGGAAUGUGGGAAGAGCUUCAGCCGGAGCUUUCACCUUCGUUCCCACCAGCACAUCCACACUGGAGAAUGUCCUUACACGUGUAGGGAAUGUGGGAAGAGCUUCAGUCACAGCUCCACCCUCCGCAAACACCAUCGCAUCCACACUGGGGAACGGCCCUACAAGUGCUUGGAAUGUGGGAAGAGGUUUCCAACCAGGGGGAAUCUCUACACGCAUGAGCGGACGCACAGGGAUGAGAGGCCCUUCUGCUGCACCAACUGCGGGAAACGGUUCAAGGAGAAAUCCCAUCUUGUCACCCACCGGCGCAUCCACACCGGGGAGAGGCCCUACAAGUGUGGGGAGUGUGGGAAGAGAUUCACCCAGAUUGGUGUCUUAACCAAACACCAACGGACCCACCAGUAA